GUACCUUAUCUUAAAUAAAGGAUACUAAAAUUCACUCCAACUCCCGCAAAUCAUCGCUUUGUUCAUUAAGAUUACCUGAGCUAAGUAACUGACCUGAAAUUCCGACUUACCUAGAGGGAUCUCCAAUUAGAGAGAAGCUGUUUGUGAUACGCAGAUGACUUUACAGCUAUCAGGACGGUGGUUACUGCCGCGUCCGCAUGUCUACACUCACUCAAUUCACUGCCGAACCUCUCCAUACCCAAAUCCCAAAUUUCCUCAAACGAGAGCUCUCUCAGCAACAGCUUCUCUCUCCUCGCCUCCACCCACCAUUCAGAUCGUGGGUGGAAAAACACCAACAUGGCGUGAAAACGGGAGUGUGACUGAGGCAGUUGAAGAUGAAAUUGAUUGGGCUGAAAUGGAUGCUGAUCUUUACUACUGGACCAGGGCACUGCGUCCAGUCCAGUGGUAUCCUGGGCAUAUUGCAAAAACAGAAAAAGAAUUAAAAGAGCAACUCAAGUUAAUAGAUGUGGUUAUAGAAGUACGAGAUGCUAGAAUUCCUUUAUCUACUACACAUCCUCAGAUGGAUUUAUGGCUUGGUAAUCGAAAGAGGAUUUUGGUUUUGAACCGGGAAGACAUGAUAUCCACUGCAGAUAGGAAUGCUUGGGCAAUGCAUUUCUCAAGGCAGGGAACCAAGGUUGUCUUCUCAAAUGGGCAACUUGGAAUGGGGACUAUGAAGCUUAGUCGAUUGGCAAAGUCUUUAGCAGCAGGAGUAAAUGUUAAACGUAGAGGCAAAGGUCUCCUUCCUCGUCCGGUUCGAGCUGGAAUAGUUGGGUACCCAAAUGUUGGGAAGUCAUCUUUGAUCAACCGUUUGCUAAAACGAAGAAUGUGCCCAGCUGCUCCCAGACCUGGAGUUACAAGAGAACUGAAAUGGGUUCGGUUUGGGAAAGAUCUCGAGUUGCUGGAUUCUCCUGGGAUACUCCCAAUGCGAAUUAAUGAUCAAGCAACUGCAAUAAAGCUUGCCAUUUGUGAUGACAUUGGCGAGAGGUCAUAUGACGUUGCUGAUGUUGCUGCCAUUCUUGUGCAGAUGUUAGCAAAACUUCCAACAGUAGGGAUGAAAGCUCUUCAAAACCGCUACAAGGUCGAUGUGGAUGGUCAGUGCGGUAAAAUGCUUAUUGAGAAGUUAGCCCUUCGAUUGUUCAAUGGGGAUGUCCACCAAGCUGCCUUUCGUGUCCUGUCUGAUUUUCGAAAAGGGAAGUUUGGUUGGGUUGCGCUGGAAAGACCUAGAUAAUACCGUUGGAUGUAUGUUGCUAUCAAGUCUUAAAUUUUCUCAGCUCGAGUAUACAACGGUGGACAUAAACAGACACCAGAAGCUUAUUGCAUAUUGAUGAUGGAGAAAUGUGAUGACAUACAGAGUUUACAGCUAUGUAUUGGUGGAAAUCAUAACAGCCUUGAUUAAAUAGAUGCUGCUAGGUUAUCGGGAGCUUACUGAAUGGCCUGAAUUUGCAAAGGGGCCCUGAAUCUGUAGAUUCAUGUGGUGUAAGAUUGGGUUCUAGAAUUUUCCAACCUCUUCUAUUAUAACCUCGCUGUAUUUUAUAUUCAUUUCAAAUUUCAUUAUGUAUAAUCCUCCAUUGACAAGAA